GUGAUUACAACAGAAGCACUUACUGAAACACCAGAACCUGUGAUUACAACAGAAGGUACGUUCAUUGUACCUGCAAUGUCGACACAAACAGUGUUUCUGCCAUCUGCAACCCCAACUCCAGUGCCUCCGCCAUCUGCAACCCCAACCUCAACACAAGCAGUGCCUACGCCAUCUGCACCAGUAACACCAACAACUGCAAACUUUUGUCGUCAAUGGUACCCUGAAGAUGGAGGGACUUUCAGAAAUUUAUCACAGUGGAUAUCGUUUUUAGUUCCCUGUCCAUGGACAUUAUUGCACGCUGAGCUUGACUUUCGAUUCAUGCGUGUAUCUUCUUCAAUCGAGAGUGGAGAGUGUUACAUCCAACGAUUUCAUUUUCAGAUUGCAAUUGGAGAGAGGGUUGUGACACCAGAGACUGAGUGCUGUUAUGCAUCUAGAUAUUUGCAUUCUGGAGUUCUAAUUCGAGCCAGAGUGUAUUUACGCUAUCUAUUCAACUUUCCAUAUAGUCCUUUUCAAUUGAGAGUUCAGCCAUAUGAUUGGUGCUGUCGUCAACCUCACAGCUGUCUUCCUUACCUUGAUGUGCAAGUUAAUUCAUUGUUGUCAUGCUAUUGCCCUCCUCGUCUGGGAAGUUGUUAUGGUGAUCCUCACUUUCGGACAAUGGAUGGCAAAUUAUUCACAUUUAAUGGACAAGGAGAGUACAUAGUCAUGAAGACUAGAGAUGAAUCAUUUGUUCUGGAAGGUCGCACUGAACCCAUUGGAGAAGGCAACUGUAGUGCUACCGUAUUUACAGCCUUUGCAAUGGCUCAGUUCCUUCCCAGUGCCGAUUUCACCACAAGUGACCCCAAUUCAACUGUACUUCAUGUGCAGCUGACGACAAACAACAGACUACAAGUGUUUGCAAGGCACAUUGGAGACGUUUCAUUUGUCAACAUUACAAGCAAUUUUACUGAGCUGAGCAACACAUCUAUUCUCGUCUUAGACAACGUUGUCAUAUCACAACCAGACUGCACAACAUUUAUAGCUGUGUUUAGUUCAGAUAUAUCAAUAAGAGUGGAGGCAAAGAAGGCACUGUUGGCUGUUGUGUUUGCAGGUCCAAAAGAUCUCAUCGGUAAUACAAGUGGACUCUUGGGAGUGUGGGACGAGGAUCCAAAAAAUGACUUGACGACAAGAAAUGGAACUAUUUUAGCAUCUACUGAUUCAGAUGAAAGAAUACACUUUCAAUUUGGACUUUCAUGGGAAGUGCAGUCAAGUGAAAGUUUGUUCUAUUAUGACAGUGGUAACGGUGGCAAUGGUGUAGGACUUGCAAACAUUACCAUUUCAGAAGCAAUUCCUUGUUUUGUCGAUGAAAAUGAUUUAACAAAUAUGGCAAGCUCAGUCCCAAACCUGACAACUACAUGUGGUGGAAAUGAACAGUGUCUUUUUGAUGGUGUUGUGACUGGAGAUUUAGAAAUUGCCUUUCAGACACUCUCGACUCAUCAGAUGAAUGAAGAUAAUGCUGUGACAUUGAGUAACAGACCACCCAUUAUGAAUGGCAGUGAUACUCUUUUUGCUUCUGUUUAUGAGACCACAGUUUAUUCGUUUACAGCUACUGAUGCAAAUGAUAAUUUCACUGUUACUCUUCAAGGAAAUCUACCACCAACAGAUGAGUUUACAUUUUCACCAAUGGGUAGCAUGUAUAACUUUACUGCUUAUACCUUUACUUGGACUCCUACGUCUACACAGAAUGUAAGCAUUCAGUUUAUUGCGGUGGAUUCUGUAGCAGCAUCCACUCUGUUGCAUCCUUUGGUUAUACUGUGUGCUUGUAAUCAUAAAUUCAAUGCAACUUGUACUGAUGGACACCCCGGAGAGGACAAAUUCUUACUGCAGAAUUGUGACUGUGGACUAGGCGAUGGUGGCACUUUGUGCAAUGUGGAUGUUGAUAUUGACUGUUUCCCAUUUUAUAAAUGUACUGACUAUCCAGCAUGUGAAUGCUCAAAUGGUACUGUUCUAAGGAAUGGCACGUGUUCAGAAACUCCUUAUCCAACAACUGCAAAUGCCAGCAAACCAACAACAAGAUCAAUGCCGACAGCUAACCAUGAAAAAGCAACAGUAACAUUUCUCAAUGUAACAGUCGGACAGUUUAAUAAAACUACUUUUAAGCAAGUUGUUGCUGAACUCCUAUCUGUGCACUGCAAUGAAAGUGACGUACAGUCAACAAACAGAACUGCUAUCAAUGUGACUGCUGCUGAUGUCAACAUUAUACGUACUAUUCCGGAUGGACCUGAUGUUCUAGUCUGCAUUACAGUCAGCUGCCCUGAUGGAGGAGGUACUGUUGCUGCAUCUAAAGUAGUGGUGGCUCUUAACACUAGCAGCGCGAGACAAAGGUUUCAAGCUGUUGGUUUGACAUUAGGCCAAGUCUUUAUCAACAGUACGGUUUCUUUUCCUACUACUACUACAUCAGUAUCUUCAACUUUAUCAGAAACUCCACAUACCAACGAAUCAACAACUGCAUCGGGUAUUACAACAGCAUCAAUACCCAUGGCUAACAGUGAAGGAACAACUUCAACUUUAUCGGAAACUCCACAUACCAACGAAUCAACAACUGCAUCGGGUAUUACAACAGCAUCAACACCCAUGGCUAACAGUGAAGGAACAACUUCAACUUUAUCGGAAACUCCACAUACCAACAAAUCAACAACUGCAUCGGGUAUUACAACAGCAUCAACACCCAUGGCUAACAGUGAAGGAACAACUUCAACUUUAUCGGAAACUCCACAUACCAACGAAUCAACAACUGUAUCGGGUAUUACCACAACAGCAUCAACACCCACAACUAACCGAGAAAGAACAACAGUAACGUUUCUCAAUGUAACAGCCGAACAGCUUAAUGAAACCAAGUUUAAGCAAGUUGUUGCUAAAUUUGUAUCUGCUUACUGCACUGAAAAUGAUGCAUGUUCACAGUCAACAAGCAAACCUGCCGUCAACUUGACUGCUGCUGAUGUCAACCUUAUAUCUAUCACUCAGAAUGGAUCUGAUGUUGUAGUUGAUUUCACAGUCAGCCUGCCUGAUGGAGGAAUUGCUGUUCCUGCAACUGCAGUAGUGAUGGCUCUUGACACUAGUAGUGUAAAACAAGACUUUCAAGAUAUUGGUUUGUCAUUAGGCCAAGUCUCUAUCACCAACCCAACUACUUCUCAACCUACUACACCCUCAGAUUCAGAUUCUGCUCUAACAACUGCCGGGAUCAUUGGUGUCGUUGUUGGUGCAGUAGGAGGUGUCAUUCUCAUCCUAAUCGUCAUUUUGUAUUGCAGCAUAGGUAAAACUACUACAAAAGUGAAACCAUCAAAUGAUGAUGAACUAGCACUGCAACCAAUGAAAGCUUCUGCUGAUCCUCACAUAAAAGACGAGAACUACACAGACACCGUUUAAUGAUGAAAAGUAUGACAUUUUCACACGACUAUAGUUCAUUUGAUUAGCUGUCGAGUUUGCAUAGGAGGUUGUGUUUUGCUUGUGUUUAUCUGCAUCUUAGCUGUGUCUUAGCACAAUUUUCCGACCAAGGGGUUUGGCUGUUACUGUACUCUAUAUCUAUUCCAGAUUUGACUAUAGAGAUAUUCCAUAAAAUAGGUGAAGUGAUUGUAACUUUGCGUUUUCUUUCUGCGGCAAAGACAUUUUCAACCUGUCUGUCUGAGAAAUGUGUCACUGAAGUUACUAUCAGAAGCAAUUUUAUCAACAAAAUGCGUGGUGUUGUCACCAAGGACACCUAAAACUGCAGAGGUUGCCUUUGAGAUGGGUUAGCUCAUAGGACAGCACAACGAACUUAUUGUAUCGCAUAGACUAGCUAUCACAUAGAUCAUCUUGUUGGACUACUACAGCUGGGUAGUCUAUUAGAUACUUCUGGAAUACUUCCCGUAGUUGAAUGCCAUAUUCUGAUAGGAUUGCAAUUGUCGGUAGUCUUCUUAGUUAUUAUUUUCUUUAGCAGCACUAACAAAGUCAGUAUGCUCCAUGAUGUACAAUACUUCAUGAAUACUUCUAUUAGUCGAACAACGUUUCUCACAGCAUUCACAAUAACUAUGGUUUCUGUAUCAGAAGCCUUGGUAAUGCGCUGCUUUAAAGUGACUGUUUUCCGGUUGGGUGGUUGCAGUAUUAUUGUUAUUUAAAUCAUAUGUUAUAGAGUAUUUAGUUUGUUGAAAUGUAUCGCAGUAUGAUCUAUUCAAAUACACCA